UGGACGUAAUGAGGACGCUGUGUCGUGCGCGCGCCCUGCCAGGAACGUGUGUGGAAUAACGGAGCACGCCACCGGUAAAGAACGGAAAUUCAUCUCUCCUAACCAUAUACCUGUGCUCUUGGAAUAGACUGUCUCAUCAACAGAAAAAUACCUCCACUAGGACGGAAGUGGGGUUAUGCUUUGCGCUCAUAUUUAUUCACAUGUUACCGUCGAGUGACGUUGUUUGAUUGUAGCGAUCUUCAUAUUCCCCUGUGCUGUGCGAACUCCUACGCUACGCCGUAGCGUUUUCCCCUCCUCCGGCGACUGGUACUCUGAAGCUCCGUAUCUCAAGGUUACUACUGUGCUUUUGAAGGUCUUGAUGGGGGCACUGUUUUUUGCGACGAUUCUCUGGACACUCACUGGAGUGGGAUGCCUGCCCCUGCAAAUCGGGAAGGCUACUGACUGUGUCCAGAAGGACUCUGUGAGCAGCAGUGUGGGUGGGCCACAUCCUCCAUGUGAUGAGCAAAUGAUAGUGGCACUGGAGGAGGCUCUGACCGCUGAGCAGAGGCACGAGGGUCUGCUGAUGGAACUCCAGGAGCUGGCUGAGGAAGAGAGACAGAGGCAAAGGGAUUACGUGCGUGAGCUGGAGGAGAGCAAGAAGAGCACGGCACGGAGGUACAGCGAGCUGGACCAGGACGACCAGGACGACUUCAACGAGGACGAGGACGACCUCGGCAACGGCCUCUCCAUGGACGAACCAUUCGAGGAGGAGGAGGAUGAUGAUGAGGAGGAGGAGGUGGAGGAAGAUGGCGGCGAGAAGAGGAGCGAUGAUGGGGGGGUGAUGGAGGAACCGCGUCUGGAAGCAGGCGGAAGCCACGUGGACGUAGCGGAGGAGGAAGAGAAGGCCCGCCAGCUGGAGGAGCUGCUGGCCGAGGAGAUCCGCAAGAAGGACAAGGCGCAGGACAAGGACCAGGAGCUGGAGGAACUCCUGCGGGAGCUGAAGAAGAAGAGGUAUGAAGCGGCCAAGGAGCGCAAGGAGCGUAAGGAGAAGCCCGAGGAGGCGGAGGAGGGGGAGGAGGAGAAGGAGAGGAAGGUGAGGAAGGGCCAGGCGGAGAAGCUGGAGGACAUGGAGAGGAAGAGGAGUGAGGAGAGGAGGAAGAACGAGGUGGAGCUGAUGGUGGAGAAGGAGAAGGUGGAAAGGGAGCUCAAGCAGCUCCUGGAGGAGCAGAAGGACACCACCAAGGCCUGGGACAAGGAGAAGGAGAGGGAGGAGAAGGAGGAGGAGCUGCAGGAGCUGCUCAGGAAGAUGAAGCGCAUGCAGGAGGAGGAGGAGACGCAGGGGAAGAAGGAGAGCGCGAGCAGAGGAAAGACAGAGGAGGAGGAGGAGGAGGAGGAGGAGGAGAGGAGGAGAAGAAGACAGAGGUGGUAG